GUCUCCGGGCUAUGCCAUCUCUCUCGUUGCUGAGAGCACAACUGGCGCCCUUUAUGGUGCAGAUGUUGCCGCAGAGAAAGGGUCAUUGCCCGAGGACAUUGGGGAAGAAGCUGCUAAGCUACUGUUCGAAGAAAUACUUCAGGUAAGCAUAUACGGUACUGGAAUACUAUUAAAGGAAUACAGAUGGGUGUACAACGAGUUACUAUUAGAAAUUUAG